AAUAACGCAGUGACACUCCCUCAUUUGGUUUCCAGCCGCUGGACGGGCGAAAGGUUUCCCCGGAACUUCAGCCGCUUUAACGGCUGUCACCGUUUUUAAAUUGGGGUUUGGUCCAAUAUGGCGGCAGACGGAUGGAAAUACUGAUGACAGUCCGAAAGAUCGCCUCGAUUUGUACGAUGGGCGCCAAUGCCUCUGCCUUGGAGAAGGAGAUUGGACCGGAACAGUUCCCCGUAAAUGAACACUACUUUGGGCUGGUCAAUUUCGGCAACACCUGCUAUUGUAACUCAGUGCUGCAGGCCCUGUACUUUUGCCGGCCCUUCCGAGAGAAAGUGCUGGCCUAUAAGGUCCAGCCACGGCGCAAAGAGAGCCUGCUGACCUGUCUGGCAGACCUCUUUAACAGCAUCGCCACGCAAAAGAAGAAGGUGGGAGUCAUUCCCCCUAAGAAGUUCAUCUCGCGGCUGAGAAAGGAAAAUGAGCUGUUUGACAACUACAUGCAGCAAGACGCACAUGAGUUUCUCAACUACCUGCUCAACACAAUCGCGGACCUGCUGCAGGAGGAGAAGAGCCAGGAGCGGCAGCAGAAUGGCAAGCUGGUGCAGAACGGAGGAGGAGGAGGGGGGGGAGGAGGAGGCAGCGGGAGCAGCACGGGGGAGGCGGAAUCAGACGAGAAGACUCAGCAGACCUGGGUGCACGAGAUUUUCCAGGGCACGCUGACCAAUGAGACACGCUGCCUCAACUGUGAAGCGGUGAGCAGUAAAGAUGAGGACUUUUUAGACCUCUCAGUGGAUGUGGAGCAGAACACCUCCAUUACGCACUGUCUCAGGGGCUUCAGUAACACAGAGACCUUAUGUAGUGAAUACAAGUACUACUGUGAGCAGUGUCGGAGUAAGCAGGAGGCACAGAAAAGGAUGCGGGUGAAGAAAUUACCUAUGAUCCUCGCCCUGCACCUAAAGCGCUUUAAGUACAUGGACCAGCUGCAUCGCUACACCAAGCUGUCCUACCGCGUGGUCUUCCCUCUGGAGCUGAGGCUCUUUAACACCUCUGGAGAUGCCACCAACCCUGACCGCAUGUAUGACCUUGUGGCUGUGGUAGUGCACUGUGGGAGUGGUCCUAAUCGUGGCCAUUACAUCACUAUAGUGAAGAGUCACGGCUUCUGGCUACUGUUUGAUGAUGACAUUGUAGAGAAAAUAGAUGCCCAGGCAAUAGAGGAGUUCUAUGGGCUGACAUCUGACAUUUCCAAAAACUCAGAGUCAGGGUACAUCCUCUUCUACCAGUCCAGAGACUAAGCCAACGGGAGUGAGAGAAUGUGGCUUUGUGAAAGUCAGGGUUAGGGAGAAGGCGGGCUUGAGCUACUUAGGCAUGCUCUGCCCCCCCACUUCAGACCCUCUCAGUCGAGUCCCCGAGUCAUCCAGGUCCAUCAGCGAGGCUUUGCACCGGAGCAUCAAGCAGACAGGAGCAGUUGAUGCCAGAGCGACCUGGACACGGCACAACCAUCUCCAAACAGAAGCAAUGGCAGUCUGGAGGCUAUUCAUCGCCACACUCCCCUGCUUUGUGUUGUUGAGUUCCAUGCACACAUCCUCCAUCAGUCACAGCCGAGGAGACGCAGAGAACCUUGGACGACAUAAAGAUGGACAACACAGUCACUUAUUUUAACAAGUUGACCUGCUUGAGAAAGGUGGUGAAGGGAGGUCUGAUGUUAUGGGAUUCAUUUUUUGCUGCAUGACACUUUGAAUUAAGUUCUGUCAUGGCAGAUUGACCUACUGUAAAAGGUGAGAUUUUUGGCACAGCAUCAUGUUUGAUGAAGAGAUUCCACACCUGUACAUGUCUGGUGAUCAGUGUAAAACGAAUUCUGUUUGCUUAGCAAUCAGCCAGCUAUUUAUGAUUGCCUGAUGUCUCUAGAAUAGGUCCUUUAGUUAUCAUAUUAAAUGUGGCAAUAAUACAGUGCAUUUCUGCUCCAUCUCAGCAAAUGGGUUUGGCUGGUUUUAAUUACAGUGAUGUGGACGAGGGUUUUUUUUUUUGUUUGUUUUCUUUGAGUAGGCACAAGUGAUCAUUCACAGAAAUGUUCUUUUGGAAGGAAGCCUGUGGGUUGGCAGUGAGUGAAGUGACAUCUGCUUUGUGAAGCAGAGAGGAUUUUGGGUACUGGUGUGGUGCCUGUGCGGCAGUUUAGUUGUAAAUGAGGCUGAGUUGGCUUUUUGGGAUUCUGGUUGAGUAUUAAAAUGAAUGUAAAGCAGUCUGACUAUUGGAAGGGCGCAGUGUGCAGGUGCAGUGCUUUGAUUGCGUCAUGGAGUGCACACUUCAGGGAGCGCACACUAUGGCCUGUAGUGUGCACUCUGUAGAUUGUAAAGAGAAAUUCAGAUAUAGCAAUGCCAGUCAUAACAUAAAAGACGUCCGUUUUGCAGCAUUUAUGCACACGGUAUUGGAUAUAGUGGCAUUGCUAAAUUAUUGAUGCUAUUGCUAAUUGAAUUUAGCGUUUUUUUUUCAGUUAAUAGAAGGUUCGUUUUACAACAAAACUUCAUUUAUGGUUUUGAAUGUGUAGCGACUCAUGUUUUCUCCUUGUCUUUAUAUUCAGUGUCUGUUUGUUUUUAACUUGAUGCAGUAGGAGAAUGGAAGGAGAAGAAGUGAAGCACAGCAUUGCGGACCGUUUGCUUUCGCGUGGUCAGGAACCUGUUCACAAAUAUCAAGUUGUUCUGAACUUUCAGCUCAACUGCACAACAGAGGAUUGACUUACUUUAUGGGUCAUUAGAACAGCUCAGUGAUUCCCUCAAACUGGCCAUGUUCAAAUUUCACAAACUCAUUGUAGCACAAAGAACAUCAUCAUGUGAACUAUUUUUCUAAAAUCAUCACAGCCAUUCAUGCCCACCUUGAAUUGCAAUUAUCAUAGGUAGAAAUCAGUGUAGCGUAGAUUCAUUUGGGAAACAUGACAUAAUUGGUAUUCCUUUUUGUUUUCUUGGAGCGAGUCCGAGUCAGUGAUCCGUUGGCUGCAGCAUCACUGGUGAACAUGCCCACUCUCUGGUAGAGUGAGGGCAUUCGCACUCUGCUGCCUCACUGCUGCUAAAGAAACUCCACAGGAACAUAAAUGGUCUUGAGUUCUUGAAGUCUUGAGGUCUUGAAUUCUUCCACAAAAUUAAGAAAGGCACAAAUGCCUUAAUGACAGCCUGAUGUCAUAAUUGUACAUAAAGUUUCAGUGUACUUUAUUGGUCCCUGGAUGCUUAUCCAGACCUCUUCUCUCUGCAUUAAAAUGAGCUCAUCUUGUGUUUCCACCUGAAUGUAGCCACCAGGAGGACUUAAAUGAAUGCGUUUGUUUCUCAUUGUGCAGUUCGUCAUGUAAAUUGCACGUUGGUUUUAUUUGACUCCUUUCUUCUUGAAUACACACGUGAGGAUUCUAAACUGACUUUGCUGCAUUAAACUUCACAAGUUCUGUAAAACAACUUGUGCAUGGUAUUACAACUGUUAUGAAGCUGGUGUAAAUGUUAUAAAUGGGUAGCAGCCGUUGCAGAUAUAAUGAUUGUGUUAAAUGGGAAUUCCACCAGUUUUUCUAAAUAUGUGCAUAACUCAAUUGUUAAGAUGUAAACAAAGUGAAUUCAGAGUGGUUUGAUGUAAAAUGGUGUAUUGUAGAGAAACUUACAGACUCAGAUUUCAGUACAGUUUGUGGUGAUACGAACCAGGGAAGUGUACAAUGCAAAUAUAGCCAGUGAACCUAGAUGUCUUUUGAUUUUUAUACUUAAUGUUGAUAUUGGUAAAAUGGUGGGAAAUCCAACAAAGAAGUGACUAUUUUGCUUUAGAGCUCCCUGCAUUUACCUCUCUGCUAUGAAUAAAUACAUUUUUUUGAUAGUUUUGAGAGGUCAAAACCUCUCAAAACUAUCAUAAAAUAAUGUCCCAGGCACCAAGUAGCAAAUUGUAUAGCGUAUACUGCGACGUAGCUUUUAGAGGUAUUAAACUCUUCAGAUGUCUGGUUCCUGUCAUCACCACUGUGAACAAUUCUGACUCGCUAAGUUUCUCUAGAACGAAUUAUUUCACAUCAAACCACUCCGAAUGACUUUGUUCACAUCUUACUGAUUAAAUUCUGCAUACAUUUUCAAAAAUCAGUGUGAAUCCCCUUUAAGACAACCUAGUUCUGAUGUGUACCAGCAUAAGGAAUGUGCAGGUACAACAAAACAUAUGGUGUGAUGCCAUGUUUAUAACACUUUAUACUUCUUUUAUAACAGUCUGAAAUGGAACGGUCAUUAUCAACAUGCGUUAAAACUGCUAGUGUGCAUUAACUGGACAUUUUAUGUUUUAGAUUUGACUAGUAAGCAGACGAAGGAAAGGAGGGAGAGGGUGCUGAAAGUCUUUGUUUUUUCAUUCUACUUCAUAAUUUAUGUAAAAUUCUAACUUAUUUUUUCAUAGAUGUUCAUUGUUUUAUAUAUAUAUAUAUAUUUGCUAAUUGAUCAUUCAUUUGGGCAUGCCACUGGUGUGGUGGGAUUUUAUUUGGGCAAAUUGUGGCUACAGAAUUGUAUGAUUUGGUAAUGGGGUUUGGUUUUUGAUUGGUAUAAUAAGAAAGAUGUGCACAGUUGGAGCCAAGUAGGCUAAGAGAAUGCUGUAGCACUCAGCCUAUUCAGAUAUGCAGUAGGCUACAUCACAAGGGUCAUUUCUAGUCAUUGACACACAUUUAUGCACUGAUCAUAAUAAUUACAGAAUUAAAUUUAGCAUUAGCAAGCUAGCUUGCUACUGCAAACGUUAAGUGCAAUGCUGCCUCAAGUUAUCUCAUGCUAACAUUCAGAGUACCACAGUGUGCAAAGCUAUGUGAUUUUUGUGAUCUCCUCACUCCCCACAACCACUGCCUGUUGCGCACAGUGGCAACAUUUGAUUCAAUACUGGUUUAAAAAAAGUGCACUUUUUGACAAACAAUGUACAGAUUGUAAAAAAGAGGGCUUGGGAUGAAGUGUAUGGAAAGAAUGAAAGAUGGGACUGGUCCAACCUGUCUCCAAUAAAAAGAAAAACAAAAAAAAAAGACAUCAA